CCUUUUCCAGUUUGUUCCCUGCAGUUACUGUUGAACUAUUCCCGGGUUUUCAAAAAAGGUGCCUCCCAUUGUACUUUUAAAUCUUUGUUAAACUGUACAUUGGAUGCCUUUGUAUCCUCACAGUACAAUGAGGGUUUCAGACAGAGUGACUAAAUAUGUGUGGUCAGCCUAUUCUACCACAUCACGCUCAACACAGUUCAUACCGUCCAUCAAACAGCACCGAUAUUCAUUAUAGCCAUGCAGACUGCAUGGCGAGGCAUUUUUUACAGAUUUACAUUGGAAAGAGACAAACUAUCAAGGGGUUAAACCAUGGGAGACUGGUCCAUUCUCGGACGCUUCCUGUCCGAGGUGCAGAACCACUCCACAGUGAUUGGCAAGAUCUGGCUGACCAUGCUGCUGAUCUUCCGCAUUCUGCUGGUGACCCUGGUGGGGGACGCGGUGUACAGCGACGAGCAGUCCAAGUUCACCUGCAACACCCUGCAGCCUGGCUGCAACAACGUCUGUUAUGACACCUUCGCCCCCGUCUCACACCUUCGCUUCUGGGUCUUCCAGAUCGUCUUGGUCUCCACGCCGUCCAUCUUCUACAUUGUGUACGUCCUGCACAAGAUCGCCAAGGAUGAAAAGUUUGAGGUCCAGAGGGGGCAGGUGAUGGCUGAGCGGACCCCCAAGAAGGUCUUCGGGAACCUGGGCAGGGAAGGGGCGGAGGACAUGGAGACCGGUACACAUGCCUACUGCCCUGGGUUCAGGGAGCAGUGGGGUGGUCAGGAAGGGGAGGGAGUUGAACAGGGCCUGCUGGAGGAGGACUACGGGGAAGUGGGUGAGGACCCCACUCAGCUUUCCAGCCAGGUGUUGCUAAUCUACAUUUUGCACGUGCUGCUGCGCUCCGUCAUGGAGAUCACUUUCCUGGUGGGGCAGUACUAUCUAUUUGGCUUCGAGGUGCCCCACCUGUACCGCUGCGAGACCUACCCCUGCCCCACCCGCACGGAUUGUUUUGUGUCACGCGCCACAGAGAAGACCAUCUUCCUCAACUUCAUGUUUAGCAUUAGCCUGGGCUGCUUUGUGCUCAACAUCGCCGAGCUGCACUACCUGGGUUGGGUCUACAUCUUCCGCGUGCUCUGCUCCGCUUGCUCUACCUGUGUCCGGCCUGAAAGCGACUCCGUGGGGCUGUACGACCACCACAAUCCCCUGCUGCUGCAGCUAAAACACUCUUUGAGGGGCAGGCUGGUCCUGCAGACUCCCACACCCAUGGCCCAGGAUAAGACUGGGAGCCAUCUCUUAACUCACGCCCCAGCCAUCUCUUUUGAGACAGACUCUACUGUAGAGUGCAGUUCCAAGAGGACUUUGGAUGAGAGAGGCGUGGUGAAGGUUAAAUUGGCCAACAUGGCCAAGAUAGGACGGACUAAGAAGUCUUGGCUGUGA